UUAGGUCUACAAGUGAGUGCCAUGUCCACUUCUCAGGAAGAACAUAAAUCCAAAACUGACUAGAUGACGUGUGCACAGGACAACGUUCACCAAGUGACGCAAUGCUGGGAUACUUGGGAUUAGUUUUUAUCUGUCUACCCAUUGUGACAGGAGUCCUACUACUUCCGGUUGUAAGCCAAACUGAAGCGUUGCUGGGAGACAUUGUGACGCUGUCCUGCAGUCUAGAACACUUUGAGGAGAAGCUGAACCUCACGUUGAGAAAUGUCAAAGAGCUGGUGAUAGAGAGGAGCGAGAAUGGAAGUGACAAAUUCUACUCUCUACUUGUUUACGACACUGCUAAUAAAAGUUGCACACACGUUAAAUGGCAAGUGGCCGUAGAUUUAUUUUCUGAGAGCGUGGAACAUCCGAAAGAAUCUUGUUCAACGGAACAACCCUUGGGCAAGGACAGGAUGUUUUUUCAAGCAUUGCACCCAGUGGGUCUGUGCAGUGACAGGGGCUACUACAGGUGCCGAGCUGUGGACGAUGGAAGACUGAUUCUAACCCCGGCAUACUUCCUGGAGGUUUACAAAGAGAAACCAAAGCUGAAGGCGUACACUGUACAAACUUGGCGGAUGUCUAAUCAAAAAUGCUUUUUUCAAAAUUUUACCUGUGUUGUCCAUGGGUCAAAGACCUUGAAUAUCACCUGGAAAUACCAGGGCAAUGUGACAGACUCGCUCUACAAGCAGCGAAUCAUUUCAGUCUCCGAAGACUUCUGCACCCAAUUUGAACACACACUUCAAGUGACGACGAGAAGACGGAAGUCUGAUCAGUGGCCAGCAUGCGAGGUGCAGUUCAAUGACGCCGUGAUAUACGCCAGGAAUAAGGAACUCGAUCCUAGCGGCAAGGAGAUACACAGUGUGAUCAAUCAAAGCGAGGCUUUUUUUGGUGAUCCUUUUGUCCUGUUAUGCAGCCUCCAACAGUUCAACAUCUCCUCAAAGUACGCCUCCAUCCAGGGGUUGAGCCUGGAGAAAUGUAACUCAACUACUGACGAAGCAUGUGACCUGAUCGCCGUUAAUAAGCCAUACGAGAAAACGUGUGAAGUGCUCCACUUUCGGUUCAGGAAGUGUGAGGUAGAGUAUCACAACAGCGGCCAUGUUCACGAGUGCUCAAACAGUGCAGAAUACCUGAAGAGUGAGCAACUGAUCAUCUCCAUUCUAGUCAACAACCCUCCAGCUACAUGCGCCGACUCAGGGCUGUACCGCUGUGUGGCAGAACUAGAGGACGGAACGCGCGUGAUGUCGUCCUUAUACUCUCUUAAAGUAUAUGCAAGACCCAUGGUAGUCAAAUUUGACCUGUUGGAUGUUCCCAACUCAGUAGAUGACAGCUUCGUCUGCAUAGCUCAUGGCAACGAAGACCUGGACAUCAGAUGGAGUAACUUGACACAACUUAAUGCUAAAAUAGAAACAACUUUGAUUCAAACUGUUGACCAGGACUGCCAAUCUUUUCGGUACACCUCAGUGGCGCAGACAAAGAAUGCAACAAAGACUGGCGUUUUCCCGGUUUGUGAAGUCUUCUUCCAGUGCCAGUUUUACGAAAAGAUAGAGAAACCAAUGGAUCUAGAAAAUAAUCUGGUCAAUUCUACACUGGUUUCCGAAGGGCAACCACUAGUGAUAGACUGCUCAACCAAGUAUUUUAAUUUUAAAGACGAGAAAGUCGAAUACUUACUGUUGUCAAUGCAUGUCGACAUGAAGAUGAAACCACUGGCGACGUACUUCUUUCAUAACAGUUCUAUUCAUCAACACGAUGUUACAGGCCUCUACAACUACACCAAGAGCAGCAUCCUUGGGCAUGUACACAUUUAUCUGAGAACCACUGCGGUCUUGUGUCCAGAGACUCGCCGCUACUCUUGUUCAGCUAUCACCCACACUGUUGGCGUCUAUGCGGGCUUUGAGCAGCAACUGAACUACACUAAAGUUGUGUCUGUUUUUGUUAUAUCCAGGGACAAACCAGUUAUCUCCAAUGCUAACAGAUCCACCAGCUUGGCGACAACAUUUAAAUGUUCAUUUCAGGGCCCAGACAAUAUUAUAGUUUUAUGGGAGGAUAGCAGACCACAGACUUUGAGUAAGGUGAAGUCAAGAAAUCCAGACCAAGAGUGCCAAGAACGUUUUCUCUACGAGACAAAGAUCACUGUACAAGGUAGCAAAGCGCCACCACAAUGUAACGUUCUAGCACUGGGUAUUCUCUACGAAACUCAUCAUAUUAUAGAUCCUGUUAUAGCCCUUGAAGUCAUUGAAGGCGAAUCUUUUACACUCACCUGCACAAAUGUAGCGCUGAACGUUGACGUCAACAACGUCGAGACGAUUUCUAUCUUCAAAGAAAAAGAUAGCUCUUUCCUGAAGUGGCUGUCCACCUACAACGUCAGAACAAAUCAACUUUAUAAAAGUGAUGAGCACUCCCAGUUGGUGGUCAACAAGUCCGGCGUCGUGGGCAUCUCCACUAACGUGACCAAAGUGACUUGCUCGGACUGGGGUCAUUACAGAUGCAUGGCUACUUUAAAGAACAUGGAGUUGAUCGAAGUGUGGGAAUUAAUUACUAUUGUUGCUAAGGUCCAGACGCCUUCCAUUAAAGUGGCGGGAUGUCAUAGCAGAGGGGAGUGUUUUAUUGACUUCAUGGACAACGCUCACCUAACUUGUGAAUACACGGGUCCGUUCGCCGAGGAAGUAGAAUGGUUUUUCUCCGAAGAUAACGUCCACUUCGUCCCCAUCGACAAGUAUCUUGGGCUCAAGAAAACGGUGAGUGUGGUCAGUAAGUUGAACUCCACCAAUGAUUGCAUCUUGUACAGACACGACCACACCCUGAUCAUCUACUCGUUCACCAAGUUCGGCAUCUUUCUGUGUCGAGUCAAGGGCUACUUCCAAUUGAGGAUCGCAUUAGAUCUCUCUUCACCAGGCUUCAAAGAAGAGAUGGUAUUGAAGUUUUCCUACAGCACUCUGGGUGCCGGCUUGACAGUGUUUGUGAUCGUGGUGGUAGGGAUAGUGCUCUUCCUGUACAAGAAAGCGGACUACAGGACCGAGACCAAUAACAUAAAGAUCAUUGAAGAUUCCUCCUCGGCGUCUAUUACUGUGUCAUCUCCCGUCGACCAUAUGGGGAGCAAAAAUUUUUCCAACAAAUCUCCAUCAGUGAGCCCAAGCCCCGCCUCUGUGUCUGCUCCACCAGUGGAUUCACACGUUUAAUGAAGCUAAUCUUGGGUUUUCUUGGUUUUGUCUCAAGUUGCACCAUUGGAUUCGCAAGUUAAAUCAAGCCAGACUUGGGUUUUCAUUUUUGGCACCUGAGUUGUACCAGUGAAAGUUGUGAACUAGAUUGCUACUGUAUUUCAACAUAUUAAUCAAAUACAGUGAAUAUACAGUGCAUUGUAGACACAUUCGUCAAAUUAAAAUGUUUUUUUUUUCUAUCUCUA